AUGGAGUUGAUUGAUAAUCACGAUAGUAAUAACUACGACAUCACGUCCAAACUCUCUCCAUUCUUGCACCCAAAACUCAUCAUAUACAUAAUCGACUGGCUCAGCUCAAAGGAUAUCUACUCUCCUGAGAAGUUGGCCUCGAUAAAACAAGAGAUAGAGACAAAACUCGGUGCAUCAAAGCUCCCUGAUGAGGAGUUCUCAAAGCAAGAAGCAGAGCUCAAAGGACACAUAAAAAAGUUCCAAAAUGUUCUCACAUGUUACAAGAGAGACCAACUCCAUAGAAUAGGUUCUAAUGCUGAAAAGGUCUCGAUUUCAGCCCUGUUGCAAUGGGCCAGUUUGCUUCCAAAUGUGGACAUCAACGUUCCCCUUGAUGCGGACAAGAUGAUACUAAAAUUAGCAAAACUCUAUUUCGAUCGCCAAGAUUAUGAUGCUUGCAAGUUUUGGCUCGUUUAUUAUGUCAACACUGUCUCCAAAUAUACCCUAGAAGGUUCUGUGACAAAAAACAAGAUGCAUUGCUAUUGGGGUAUAAUUAUAUGUAACUUGCUGAAGACCCUCUUGCCUGCAACUGAAGAGGAACUUAUUGAGAUGGCAACACAAGCCGCACAGCCACAAGACCCUGACAAUGAUAAAGAUGCAAAUCCACUUGAACAAAACACACCUAGAGCUGGAGUAUUUUGCAUCCUAAAAUCCUCUGAGCUUUUGGUUUCAGAUGAAUUCUCCAAGGACAGGAAGGAUUUAAUCUUAAAAAGGAGUUGGUUAUUGCACUGGUCUCUAUUUUAUAUUUUCAAAUACCACCUAUAUUUGUUCCACAAGAAGAACAAGGGUAUAAAGUCAUUUGAAUGGCCACAAUUGCAAGAAUAUUUUUUGGACGAUCGUAACUUGUCCGUAGUCCAUCUUGUGGCACCUCAUCUCUUGAGAUACUAUGCUGUUUAUGCCAUCCUCAAUAGAAACAGAAAGGAUCAUUUCAAGGUCAUUAGUGCGGCUAUUUCAAACGCAAAAUCAAAGUAUUCUGAUACAUUCACAUCGCUUCUGGGAGCCCUUUUCGUCGAUUUUAAUUUCGAGGCUGCUCAAAAACAUAUCGCUGAGAUUGAUAAGGCAUGCAGUUCCGACGUUUUGCUUGACCCACUUAAAGAGGUCAUUGAGGAAAACUCUCGUCACAUUAUUUUCGAAACAUACUGUCGUAUACACAAAUCGAUCAAUCUAGACUUGAUUGCGCAGAAGGUCAAUAUGAGUUCUCUGGAGGCUGAGCGCUGGAUCGUGAAUAUUAUAAGACACUCUCAUGUGGAAGCAAAGAUCGACAGCGAGAAAAACUGUGUGGAGAUAUCUACAGUUCCUCCAAACUUGUAUCAACAAGUCAUUGAGAAGACACAAAACCUGACGCUACGCUCAAACAUGAUACUCCAAAACUUCUUCCAGGCAAAUGUGGGUUCAGAUGGUAAUGUUGGAGGCGCUCGCAAUGCUGAAGGUGCAACAGACAGAAGCAACCAAUCCAGGAGAUCGCAUCAACAGUACGGCCAAAAGAGGAAUCAGCAUCGCUUUACUAACUUUACUAACAAGGAUUUUAGAACAAGUGAACAGGAUUCUCUGUGGUAA